UCAAUCGUCCGCGUGUUUGACGUACUUCGUUCUCCAUUUCUUUUUCGUUCCCGUCUCUGCUGAAUAAUGGCCACCACAAUCUCAAAAAAGCGAAAAUUCGUUGGAGACGGAGUCUUCAAGGCUGAAUUAAACGAAUUCUUAACCAGAGAACUGUCAGAAGAUGGUUACUCAGGUGUGGAAGUGCGUGUCACCCCGACUCGUACCGAAAUCAUCAUCAUGGCCACCAGAACUGACCGUGUGUUGGGAGAAAAGAACAGAAGGAUCAGAGAGCUCACCUCUGUAGUUCAAAAAAGGUUCAACUUCCCUGAAAACUCUGUAGUACUUUAUGGAGAAAAAGUUGCCAACAGGGGCUUGUGUGCCAUUGCCCAGGCUGAAUCUUUGAGGUUCAAACUUAUUGGAGGUUUGGCUGUCAGGAGGGCCUGCUAUGGUGUGCUCAGGUACAUCAUGGAGUGUGGAGCUAAAGGUUGUGAGGUCGUUGUAUCUGGCAAACUUAGAGGCCAGAGAGCAAAAUCGAUGAAAUUCGUCGAUGGCCUCAUGAUCCACUCUGGAGACCCAUGUAACGACUACGUUGACACCGCCACCAGGCACGUGCUACUCAGACAAGGUGUAUUGGGUAUUAAGGUCAAAAUCAUGUUGCCUUAUGACGCGGCCGGCAAAAUGGGCCCCAAGAAACCCCUUCCAGACAAUGUUUCAGUGGUGGAACCAAAGGAGGAAGUUAUUCCCACGAUUCCCAGUUCGGAAAUCAAAGCUGAAGUGUUAGCUAUUUAACUUUGUUAAAUAAAAUUUUUAAUAUUUAAGACCUUAA